CCCUCUCUGUCCCCCUGUCCUUUCCACGUCCCCAGACUCGGACUGCCGCCCAGUCCCUUUUGGCCCGAGGAGCUCCUGCCCCUUGGGAACUGCUGCGGCCCCUUCGUAGCCAGGGCACCCUGCCUCCGACCCGCGGUGCGAGAAGAGUGGGGCUCGGGGCUGUGUACCUUCUCUCCUCCUCCGCCCUCUCUAGAGGAGUCCCUUCUUCCUGAAGUAGCUGGCGUGGACAUUGCUGGACAGCGGAAGCCGGUCCAGCCAUGGCGACUCCCUCUGCCGCCUUUGAGGCCCUGAUGAACGGAGUGACAAGCUGGGACGUCCCCGAAGACGCCAUCCCCUGUGAACUGCUCCUCAUCGGCGAGGCCUCCUUCCCGGUGAUGGUGAAUGACAUGGGCCAGGUCCUCAUCGCCGGCUCCUCCUACGGCCGAGGCCGCCUGGUGGUGGUGUCGCACGAGGACUACCUGGUGGAAGCCCAGCUCACGUCCUUUCUCCUCAAUGCCGUGGGCUGGCUUUGCUCUUCCCCUGGCGCCCCCGUCGGUGUACACCCCUCCCUGGCACCUCUGGCCAAAAUCCUCGAGGGCGCGGGCGUGGAGGCAAAGGUCGAGCCCGAAGUGAAAGAGUCCCUGGGGGUUUACUGCAUUGAUGCCUACAACGAGACCAUGACGGAAAAGUUGGUCACGUUCAUGAAGCGUGGAGGAGGCUUGCUGGUCGGAGGCCAAGCCUGGGACUGGGCCAACCAGGGCGAUGAUGAGAGGGUUCUCUUCACCUUCCCUGGGAACCUCGUGACCAGCGUGGCCGGCGUGUACUUCACCGACAACAAAGGGGACACGAGUUUCUUUAAAGUCUCUAAGAAGAUGCCCAAGAUCCCGGUCUUAGUGAGUUGCGAGGACGAUCUCUCCGAGGACAGAGAUGAGCUCCUGCACGGGAUCUCCGAGCUGGACAUCAGCAACUCGGACUGCUUCCCAUCCCAGCUGCUCGUGCACGGCGCUUUAGCCUUUCCCCUGGGGCUCGAUUCCUACCACGGCUGUGUCAUAGCGGCUGCGCGCUACGGCCGGGGCCGGGUGGUGGUGACCGGCCACAAGGUCCUAUUCACUGUCGGCAAACUGGGCCCCUUCCUGCUCAAUGCCGUCCGCUGGCUGGACGGGGGCCGCAGAGGCAAGAUCGUGGUGCAGACGGAACUGAGGACUCUGAGCGGGCUGCUCGCGGUCGGGGGCAUAGACACCAGCAUUGAGCCCAAUCUGACCAGCGAUGCGAGCGUCUAUUGCUUCGAGCCCGUGAGUGAUGUGGGGGUCAAGGAGCUGCAGGAGUUUGUGGCAGAGGGCGGGGGCCUGUUCGUGGGCGCCCAGGCCUGGUGGUGGGCCUUCAAGAACCCGGGAGUGUCCCCUCUGGCUCGGUUCCCGGGAAACCUCCUCCUCAACCCCUUUGGCAUCAGCAUCACCAGCCAAAGCCUCAACCCUGGGCCCUUCCGUACCCCGAAGGCGGGGAUAAGGACCUAUCACUUCCGCUCCACCCUGGCCGAGUUCCAGGUGAUAAUGGGCAGGAAGAGAGGGAACGUGGAGAAGGGCUGGUUGGCAAAGCUGGGACCGGACGGUGCAGCUUUCCUGCAGAUCCCUGCGGAAGACGUCCCCGCCUACAUGUCAGUGCACCGGCUCCUGCGAAAGCUGCUCAGUCGCUACCGGCUGCCGGUAGCCACCCGAGAGAACCCCGUCAUCAAUGACUGCUGCAGGGGUGCCAUGCUCUCCCUGGCCACUGGGCUGGCCCACUCCGGAAGUGACCUCUCUCUCUUGGUCCCGGAAAUUGAAGAUAUGUACAGCAGCCCCUAUCUGCGUCCCUCGGAAUCUCCCAUCACGGUGGAGGUCAACUGCAACAAUCCAGGCACCAGGUAUUGCUGGAUGAGUACCGGGCUCUACAUACCUGGAAGGCAAAUUAUAGAGGUCUCGCUGCCUGAAGCGGCUGCCUCUGCUGACCUAAAGGUUCAGAUCGGCUGCCACACCGACGACCUGACCCGGGCCAGCAAGCUGUUCCGAGGCCCCCUCGUGAUUAACCGCUGCUGCCUGGACAAGCCCACCAAGUCCAUCACCUGCCUCUGGGGGGGGCUUCUCUACAUCAUCGUGCCUCAGAGCAGCAAGCUGGGCACUGUGCCCGUCACGGUUAAGGGGGCUGUGCACGCUCCCUACUACAAGCUGGGAGAGACAUCCCAGGAGGAGUGGAAGAGGCGGGUCCAGGAGAACCCAGGUCCCUGGGGAGAGCUGGCUACAGACAACAUCAUCCUGACCGUGCCAGCCGCCAGCCUUCGUGCCCUGGAGAACCCUGAGCCUCUGCUCCGCCUCUGGGACGAAGUGAUGCAGGCCGUGGCCCGGCUGGGAGCUGAGCCCUUUCCCCUGCGGCUGCCUCAGAGGAUCGUCGCCGACGUGCAGAUCUCAGUUGGCUGGAUGCAUGCAGGCUACCCCAUCAUGUGCCACCUGGAGUCGGUGCAGGAGCUCAUCAAUGAGAAACUCAUCAGAACCAAGGGCCUGUGGGGCCCUGUGCACGAGCUCGGCCGCAACCAGCAGCGGCAGGAGUGGGAGUUCCCGCCACACACCACCGAGGCCACCUGCAACCUGUGGUGUGUCUACGUGCACGAGACGGUCCUGGGCAUCCCUCGUGGACGUGCCAAUAUUGCUCUGUGGCCCCCAGUUCGGGAGAAGAGAGUCAGAAUCUACCUGGGCAAGGGUCCCAAUGUGAAAAACUGGAAUGCGUGGACGGCGCUGGAAACAUACUUACAGCUCCAGGAGGCCUUCGGGUGGGAGCCGUUCAUCCGUCUCUUCACCGAGUACAGGAACCAGACCAACCUGCCCACCGACAACGUCGACAAGAUGAACCUGUGGGUGAAGAUGUUCUCCCACCAAGUGCAGAAGAACCUGGCCCCGUUCUUCGAGGCCUGGGCCUGGCCGAUCCAGAAGGAGGUGGCGACCAGCCUGGCCUACCUGCCUGAAUGGAAGGAAAAUAUUAUGAAAUUGUACCUCCUCACACAGAUGCCCCACUGAAACCGAAGACAAGAAACGUCAAAGAGAAUCGACACAUCUCAGCAAAGAAGAACGGAAGGAUUUGGUUCUAAGUGAAGAAGAUCUCAGCAAAUGUGUGGGAGAAACGACGAAAGAGUACAGCUGCUUUCGGACAGGACAUAAGCAGAUCAGAACAGCCUAACCCCAGAGAAAUGUGGGCGUCUGAAAAAUCCAUCAGUUGUGAACCUGAACCCCAUCCGUCUACCGCAACCUUUGUGCGCAGAACACAGGCAAUCUCCUCUUAGUUUCAGUGAUAAAAGUCUAUUGUUCUUGUUGUGUUUGUAUAAAGGAAUCAAAUAAACUGCCCGAGGAGAGGUAGAAGUUGGUGCUCCAAAAGAAAAUUUCUCUUUUUUGUGGAAAUAAGUGACCCCUUAACCUACCAGCUAAUUCUCUACUGGCAGUUGAGAUCCCGACCGAAGUAUCCAAGUGCUUUCACUUGUAGCGAGGCUUAGGGGAGUAGCAGACCCGCUACACAAUGACAGAGGGAACUCACAGCCACACUGUAAAAAUCACCCGUUUUAUGGAUUCUUCAAUGCGAAUUGUCAGCUAGAACUUCUCAGACAUUGAGCCUUGGGAGUAGGGGUUGGGGGGAGGGACCAGGAGAGAAGCAUGGAAGAAAGACAGCCAGUUAGAAUCAGGAGAUGUGAAAAACAGCAAACUCUGGGGGACACAGAGUUACCAUGGGAAAAAAUAAAAAUUAGGUCUGAGAUGUCUUUGUAAGGUAAAAACAGGAUGCUACAAAGAAAAGGAAAACUCUGAAAAUGAGAAGAGCCCUUAAAGUGAAAUAACACUGCCAAAAAAUUCUUAGAGACAGGCUGGAAAAUUAAGUUGAAGGAAUCUCCCUAGAUAUGGAGCAAAAUGAAAUAGAAAAUAUAACGAAAGGAAAGAGACAUGGACAAUCAAGAUCUAAAGGAGUUUUUGGAAGAGAGAACAUAGAACAUGUAGGCAAAGAAAGAAAAAGAAUUGAACAGAAAGAACUAAGUCGCUAAAUUGAGGGGACCCCAUCCAACCUACAUCUAGGUGUAACUGUGUGAAAUUUUGGUAUAUUAAGGAUAAAGGGAAGCUAUUGAAAAUGCCAGGAGAGAAAAUAAAAUUAGGUCAUCAUACUUAGCUUGACUAAAAAGGGAUGAGAAAUAGACCAGGAGUAGAUUUUCAUCAGCUACACAAUGCCAGAAGUCAACAGAGUGUCUUCACACAUGGGAAAUCUUCGUACCCAGCAUUCCAUAGCAAGUCACUGUCAAGGGUCAAGUCAAAUAAAGUAAUUAUCUGACAUGCAAGUUUUCAGAAAGUCCAUCUGCUUUGCACCCUCACUGAGGAAGCACCCUGAGGAAGUUCUCCAGCAAAGUGAGGACGAAAAGCAGGAAGGAAAUAGCAUCCAGAAAGCAGUGGACCUCACCCAGGAUGGCUCGCUCCAGAGUGACGAGUAUCCAGCAGGAUGGUUCACGCUAGACUAACAGCUAAGAGAACCAUUUUAGAUGGGAGUACAGGGUCUCAGGCUCUCUGGGGAGAAUGUGCAUUCUGUGCCAUAGAUAGUAUCCUUGAAAAGAUGGAAUGUUUAAGAAUAUGCAGGUGACACAUUCUUUAGUCAACAAUAACAACAAAGACAAAAAUAUCUCAAAUUCAGGUCCAGUUAUGAAACAAUGACAAAAAUACUCAUGGAAUUUAAGAAGAGACCCGACAUUGGCAGUAGGUGCAUUUCAUUUCAAGUGACACAGGAAUCAUGACAUUGGAUAUGUUUGGAAGAAGAUAUUCUAGCUUCUACUUAGCUCUCAGUAAACAGUAUUUACAGAGCCAAAAUAAUGUAGAUACUAUUGGAAUUCAGUAUCCUGAUCAGCCUAUAGACAAAACAUGGAAGCUUAAUUUUUUUUAUUCGGAAGUGAACUUGAAAGUAAUUAAUCCUGAAAAGAAUAAAGAAAACAAAGAGGCUGAGAAUGAGUUGGAGGAAGAGAGGUGGUAGGAAGAACAGAAUUACUCAUCUAUUCAACGGGGGGAUGAAAAAGCCUACAGUUAAUGGAAAAAAGCUAAGGGAAGAGUCACUGUUCAAAACUAUAAAUUAAACCAAUGGAAGUAUUAAAAAUGGCAUCAAUCAAAAAUUGGGGAAGGGAUAGGCAAAUGAAGGGUAAGACCAGUGUAAGUUAAAUCCUUAUCUUUUGUAAUGGGGAAUUAUUAAAGAUUGUCUAAAGUUAAUAAGUCAAGAAAUUAUUGUUCAAGCAUAUUAUUUAAUGUUAGGAAGUUAGUUAACAGAAUAUCUAAAAAAUAGACAUUGUUCAAUGCAUUGCCUCUAGGAUAUGGGACUAGGGUUAAAAGUGUGGGGUGGGAAACUGUGUUUUGCAUUUAGUCCUUCUGUGCUAUUUAAUUUUUUACUUUGUGCAUGUAUUACUUUUAAAAUUUCUAAUAAACUCAAAUAAAAAUCC